UAAAAGUAACCAGCGUGAUUGAUGACUUAAAUAUGGCAUAUGACGCAAUGUAACAUUGCACAACACGCGUAAGGAGUCGAUAGGAGACCAUUCUAGAAGCCGAGGGAACAAGCAUCAGUACGUAGGUGUCCUUGCCAAGUUGUGUACAAGUUGGUUGGAGGUGUAUCGUUGAGCAUCUCGCUUUGUUUAAGAAGACUGUGCAUUGCUAAUUUUGUUGACAUCAACGUCAAAGAGGUCAGGGAAGAGGAACAGGUAAAGAAGGGCGUAUGAGUAGUAAGCUCCAGAGGACGCCGGACGGUAAGACAAAUCAGACAUGCUGGUGACUAGGCUGGCAGUCAUGCCCCUGGGGCGGCUGGCCACACAGAUCCCAUCCAGGGUGGCCCAGGCAACCCCCCUCCGGUCAGCAGGGCUCCGAUUCGUUACCGGCUCUCCGCUUACCGUACGGUCCCAAAGCAUGGCCACUCGGGCACGAGCCUUCAAGUCAAGGGUGGGAGCAAGAGAGGUGGAAGGUACUACAUCUGUAGCACGUGGAAUGGCAGCAAUUUCCAUCGGUCAAGGGGCAGCAGCUGGAGCAGCACUGUUUGGUAUUGGUGCCCUGUGUUACUAUGGACUGGGUCUGUCCAGCGAACCAGGGGCACUGGAGAAGUCUGUGAUGUGGCAGGACUACGUGAAGGCCAGAAUCAGGGACACCUACAUGUACUUUGGUGGUGGGAUCAUUGUGACAGCAGCAACAGCUGCAGCAGUCUUCAGGAGCCCUGCCAUGCUCAAUCUCGUCGCAAAGAACUCCUGGCUGGCCAUCGGAGCCACUUUUGCAGCAAUUAUCGGAACCAACAUGAUCACCCACUCCAUUCCGUACUCUCCUGGCUUCGGUACCAAGCAGCUGGCCUGGCUGACCCAUGCAGCAGUGAUGGGUGCUGUGGUGGCACCUCUGUGUUUCAUCGGAGGACCUAUCCUGAUGCGGGCAGCAUGGUACACAGCUGGGAUUGUGGGAGGUCUGUCAGCUGUUGCAGUGUGUGCUCCCAGUGAGAAGUUUCUGAACAUGGGCGGACCUUUGGCCAUUGGAUUGGGUGUUGUCUUCAUGGCUUCUAUUGGGAACAUGUUCAUCCCACCCACCGGAGCCCUGGGGCUGGGUCUGUACUCCAUCAGUAUGUACGGUGGACUCAUCCUGUUUGGAGCCUUCCUGUUGUACGACACUCAGCAUAUCAUCAGGAAAGCAGAAACCUAUCCCCUCUACGCUGCUCGCCCAUACGACCCCGUCAAUGCUUCUCUGAGGAUCUACAUCGACACACUCAACAUCUUCAUCAGAAUUGCCACCCUGCUUGCUGGUGGUGGGAACAAGAGGCGCUGAAACAUGGAGGCAGAUCGGGAUUUGCUGAAAUUAUCGUGUAGUUAUCAGAUUUUAUCUGUGACUGAUCUGCCACUUAUUUAUGUACAAAAUGAUUUCCAUUAAUAUGGCAUUGAUAGCAGGUAAUUUGAAGUUAACCAAAAGUUACCAUCUCAUAUUAGAUGGGGUCACAAUUGAGUAACAUUUGCUUUAGUUUAUCCACAUGACUGGAUGUUCAAGGUGGAGAUUCCAGCUUUCCCUAGUUGGGGUAUGAAAUGGUAAAUGGUACAAUAGAGGGCAACAACAUGUAUGCAGAAUAAGUGUGUGCUCUUCGCUUAAGUCUGUAUGUCACAAAUAAUUUGAAAUAUCUAGUAUCCAGCGCAUGAUACUCAGAUACAUGUACUGUGAUCUGAAUGUUACAAAGUGAUUAAAGACAAAAUGAUUAGA